UAAACUAGAAAUUUAUCGAUUCCAAUGCAGACUCGAAAUCAAACUUGAUUUAAGUAAGUUCGCGAAAUACUGAAAGACGGAAAGCAUAAGCGAUCUUCCCAGAAACGAUAUAAUCGACUUAUGUUCGUAAAUCCGCGUAAAUCGUCGACAACAUCCAAGAUGGCGCGCGAAGGGAUUAAAUCUUUGGAUUUUGAAGAAGAACUGGCUACAGGCAGAUCAACCCGUGCUGACAAGACGUUUGAUGUAACAGUUGGUCAUAUUGAAGACAUUAUCAUGGAGGAUACAUUUCAAGCACUACAGAAUGAAUUCAUGGAAGAACAUUAUCACCACUUUGAGGAUGUAGAGGAAAACAAGCUUGUGUAUACAGAUAUAUUUACUAAAUAUACCAACUUGAUUGAAAAGCAUUUGGAGGAAUGUCUGCAAAAGAGAAUGCCAGACUUUUCUAUGGAUCAAUUUAUGUCAUCUAUUCAACAACGAAAGGAUCAAAUUGGAGGUGAUAUAUUUGAUAUGUUGCUAAGUUUCACUGAUUUCCUCACUUUCAAACAAAUGUUCUUAGAUUAUAAGAUGGACAAAGAAGGAAAAAGCGUUGAUUUGGGUGGACUUGUUAUCACAUCUUUGUCAAAUGAACGUUAAAAGAGAACAGUUCUCACAAAAAAAUAAUCAUGCAAUGGAUGAUGAAAAUGUUGAGCUGACAGACACACAUAUUUAACUCGUUUAGCAAUGUGAAAUGACUCAAAUAUUAUUGUAAAUGCUUCUGUAAAUAAUGGUUAACGAAAUUUUCAUUAAUAUAUUUUAUCUCAUAUGUCUUUAA